CGAAUCAGCCUCAUCCUUAAACCCACCCUCCCCGCCUUUCCAUUCCAAUUUCCACCCAUUACCCUUUUUAUACAGUUAUACCGUACGGAUUGGACUUUAGAGAGAAGAAGGAGAUUUCUUUCCAGGCGUAAGACUAUGUCGUUUUGCUCGUCCCUGUCAUAUCCCAACUCUCUGUUUCUCUCCAAAACCAAACCUUUCUCUGCUCACAUCAAACCUCCAACCGUCUCCCUCGGCACUCGAUUCAGAGCUUCUGCUGACGUUCCCGAUUUCCUCUCAGCUGAUUGGUUAGAAUCUCGCAAGAAGAAACCCUUUGGCCCCAGAUUAAAUUUUAGCGCAGAAGAAGCUGUUCAGCAUCAGCUUGAUGCCUUGAAGUACAACGACCAACCCCGUCAAGAUUAUGGCAUCGAAGUCAUGUACAGGUUUGCUGGGUUUGAUCCUUUUGAGAGGUCUACCUAUUUUGGGCCAUUCUUUGAUUUGGGGCAGUUUGAACGAUUUCGGCGGAUUUUUCACCAUUCGACCUAUAGAGUGUUGCUAGGCCACAAGGAGAGGAAGAUGUUGAGCAGUUUGUUUGUAGAGGAGAACCGAUUCAAGCAGCGGGUAUGGAUACGAGGAAGUCGUCCAGAGGAAGAAGAAAUAUUUCAGUUCACAAUGGUUCAGAGGGUUGGAGGUUCAUGGGAUGGUUAUUGGCUGACGGAGAGUUUACUUCAUGAUGGAGAUGCUUUUGCUGGCGGCUUGGCUUAUUGAACAUUCGAUGCAGCUAUUCGGACGAUGGUCACUCUGAAGGAGGGAGGUCUGUUUAUGCAUGACAUUUGCUCACCUACUUCCGACCUUAGAAUUUGUACAUAUGGAAGAAUAAGCAAAGCUGUUGUAAUUAUAGUAUUUCUAGUUGAUUGAACUAUGUAAAUCAUAUAUUGUAUAUUCAGUUUUAUAUGUCAUGUUAGUAGGCAGCAUAUAUUUUUCCGCGUAAAAUAAAAGAAUAAUCAAAGAGAGAUAUGAGCAUUAAUCCUUGUUGCUCAAGAGUUCUCAGUUCA